AUGGCGCAUUAUCUUCUUAAUUCACUAUCACAAGCUUAUGAAGAGGAGGAGGAAGACAUACCAAUAGAAGAUGAAACUCAUUCCUUAGUAGAUGAAGAAGAAAAUGAAGAUAAAAGAGAUGAGAUUGUUCUUUCUUUACAAGAACAAAUAGUUCAAUUACAAAAAAGAACUAAUUGA